AUGGCUUAACAUCAUAAAAGCAAGCCAAAAGCACGUAAUUCGCUUAUGGAUGCAUGGAAUCGCUUAGAAAGUGCGCUUAGAGAUACAGAUGAUAUAGCGGAUAGUACUUAGUUGCAUAUGAAAGAAUUUGCAAUUCAUUUUGGAGGAUCUAAUUCAGUCUAAAAACCAAAUUUGAUGCCUUCUAAUUCUCAAUAUUUAUAGGGUAAUAGCAUUUAUAGAGAUGAUGCUUAUUUGGAAAACGAAGAUUUAUUUUCAGCAGGCGAUAUGAAAAAAAAGCAAUCAAUUCAUUUAAAAUAAUCUCAAUCUACAAAUAGAAUCAAACCCUUAUCAGCACAAAUAUCCAAUAAAUAGCUUAUAAGCAGCAACCUACGUCCACAGACAGCAGCAUUAAAUAGGAAAGCUUCCGUUAAUAAUUAAGGUAUGUAAAGGAUAUAGAGUAGUGUUCCUUAAAGGAAUUUAGUCAGCGCUUAGAGUCAAGCAUCAUUUUUUUAAAACAACAACAAUGUAUAGCAAUAAUAUAAAUAUCCAAUUAGUUAGGUUUCUUCUUUAAAGAGCUUAAUGAAUUUGAGAGCAUAAAGCAGGCCUUUUAGCAGAAAUGGUAUUCCAAAUCCUCAUGUUGCAAAACAGUCUGAUUUGGAGUUACUCAGCUAGAUUCCUCCAAGCUAAAUAGAUGAUUUGAUAAACAAGAGUGAAACUGUUCGGAGUUUACCUGUUGAUUAAAUUUUAGACUUAUUUCACGCCAAAUGUCGCGAUUCUAAAGUAGAAUACAUGCCUGAUUAGGCAGUCAAAUUCAUUGAAAAAAUUAAGAAAAACUGUGCAAAGAGAUAAUUUAUUUUAAAAGAAUGUGGACUAGGCAUAGAUAGCGCCCAUGUCUUAGGAAAUAUUAUAAUCUCAAACAAUCAUUUUGUAAGACUCAAUUUUCAAAAAAAUAUUUUGUCAAACACAGGAGCAGUAAUAGUAAGUGAGGCCCUUAAAUAUAACUUCAAUAUAAUACAUUUAGAUUUAAGCUCAAACAAUAUUUCCCCAGAAGGAUUCCAAAUAUUUUUUGAAUCAUUGCUGGGGAAUUAGUCACUUAUUAGUUUAGAUAUCUCCUGCAAAGAAGGCUUAAACAGGAAUAAAUUAGGAUUGCAGGGAAGUAGAGCCUUAGAAGCUUUUUUAAAGUAGAAUAAGACUCUUUAGAUUUUAAAUAUUUCUGGAACAAGCAUGACAGAAGAUGGUUCAAUUUGUGUUUUGAAUGGGCUUUAAGGAAACAAGUCAAUAGUUUCAAUAGAUUUUAGUUGUAACGAAUUGAACUCUGCAUUUAUGUAAGAAGCUGUCCUUAAACUUUGUAAUAGUAACAUUAUUGAAUUGAAUAUGGCUAACAAUCAAAUUGGAGAUCCUGGAAUCGAGAGUAUGUCUCAAAUGGUUGGAGUGAAUUCUAAAUUUUACAAAUUUUAAUCUAUCAAUCUUAAUAACAACUAAAUAACAUCAAGUGGUGUUAGUCGAUUCUUUGAAGCUAUGCACCAUAACUAAACUCUUAAAAAGAUAUAUCUUGAUUAAAAUAAUUUUUAUGGUAGUAGUAUUAAUGCUAUUCUCAAUUAUCUUUGGGAAAACAAUACAAUAGAAGUACUUUCACUUAAUUAAACAGACUUAGACUUAGUUGGUGGUGAUGCUGUUGGUAUUGGUCUAUAAAGAAAUUUGUCAUUAAAAGAAUUAUAUGUAAGGGAUAAUAAACUAAAAGAUGUAGGUGCAAAACAAAUAGCAGAAGGAAUCAAGCUAUGUGAAACCCUCACAGUAAUUGAUUUGAGCAUGUGCGGAAUUUCGGAUGAUACUGGUAUGCUUAUUGCAGAGGGAUUGAAAGUUAAUAAAAAUAUGAGCGCAAUUUAUCUGAGGGAAAACAGUCUCCAUGAUUAUACAGGAAUAGUGUUAGUAGAAGCAGCUAAAGAAAAUUAAAACUUGCAAAAAAUUGAUAUUAUUAGAAAUCCAAUCAGCUAUAGAUUUUAAGAAGAAAUAUAAAAGUGUUUAGAUGUUAAUAUCGAUCUAUACAAGAAAAAUUUGGUACCAAAUUAUAUUAAUACAAUGGAAGAACUUAGAAUAUUCGAAAAAGGAAAAUAUGAUGAUUAUCAGAGAUAAUAGAUGCUAGAUAAAUAGCAGAGAGAAGUAUAAAAGCUAUAUGAUGAGAAGAAGGCAUAGUAUGAAAGAGAAAGCAAAAUUGAAGAAUAAAAAACCUAAGAGGUAAUUCAAAACAAAGACAAUGUAACUUAUGAAAGAAAACAGUUAGAAAUCUGGUAUAAUGAACUAGAAAAGAAAUAAAAAAUAGAAGAAAGUAAUAUAGAGGAAGACAUUAAAACAAUGACUUAAAAAAUAGGCAACUCCAACAGUGAAACGAUCAAAAUGAUGCAAUAAAAAAAAGAAAGAAGAGACUUUCUUUCAAAAAUGACAGUCUAGAAUGAAGAAGCUGUCAAAUAAGCAAAUACGAAAUUGAGCUAAGCAAUAAAUGUAAAUUGGGGACUUGAAAAAUAAAUUGAAUCCACUUAAUUGCUCAUAAAUUAAUAAAAAGAAAAGUUGGAGGAGCUAAUGCUAAAAAUAGAAAAAUUAGAAGACUACGAUCCAAAGACUAAAACAGAAUUAGAAAUUGAAAAAAUAGAAUAGCCUCAAGCUGUUAAUCCUUCUGCUGCUAAAAAAUCGCCUAAAAAACCUGUUUAAAAUAAAUCUAAAAGCCCUCAAAAAAAUAAAAGUCCUCCAAAAAAAAAAUGA